AUGGACUUCCUUGAAUCCUCCUCUUUUACGAACGCUCCAGGCCACAAAUGCCUUCCAACUCCGGCAGAGGCCAUUGUUCGUUUACUGAAUUGCCGCACCACGCCUCGGCUCACAGCAGUCAAAGUUGAGCACCUUAGCCUUAUUGUCAAGCUUGGUCCCUGUACCUCAAACUCCUCCAGAAAAUCCGAUAGAACUCUGGCGCCAUUCACAGACAAUGGAGCCUCUAGGAAAAUGGCAAAGAAGAGCCAUCUGCAUUCUAGUUUAUCAAUAUUGAGAACCUGCGCUUUGACGAGAAAACGGGAGAGCUUUAUAUCGGGCCCGUCCACGAAACUGGCAAGGGGCCAUGGAGUUCGACAACAUAACUUAUUUACUGGGACUAUGCGUACCACUGCAUGGAGGUCGCCGCCCUGA